CCAGAUAUUCUGACCCCUGUCACCCUCUUCCAAGUGCACCAUGCUGCAGGCAGGAGACCUAGGAACUGAGUCUCCAGCCUCUCAAGGAACCAGAAGAUCAGGCCAUCAGUGUCUCAGCCAGCAAAGGCCUAAACCACCAGUCCCUUACAAUCCUACCCAGGGCGCGGAACUGGCAAGCGUUACAGAGCGUCAGAGGCUGCAGAUGAGCAGCCUUGGAGGACUCCAAGGCUAGAGACAGGGGCUCUCUAGGCUGGGGAGAAGAGUCGAGCGCGAAGGGGGCUCCAGACCAGGGUGACAGGAGGUGUGCUUCUGAAAAAGAACUUGGCAGGGAGGCCCGUACGACGGCAAACCUCGUGAACCUUGGGAGACACACGCUCAGGAUGCGGGGCCCCGCCCUCCUCAUCCUCCUCAUCUGCUUCAGAGGGCGUGCAGGCCCGUCGCCCCAUUUCCUGCAACAGCCGGAGGACCUGGUGGUGCUGCUGGGGGAGGAAGCCCGGCUGCCGUGCGCUCUGGGCGCCUACUGGGGGCUGGUCCAGUGGACUAAGAGUGGGCUGGCCCUAGGGGGCCAACGCGACCUGCCAGGGUGGUCCCGGUACUGGAUAUCAGGGAACACAGCCAAAGGCCAGCAUGACCUCCAUAUUAGGCCUGUGGAGCUAGAGGAUGAAGCAUCAUAUGAAUGUCAGGCUACCCAAGCAGGCCUCCGCUCAAGACCAGCCCAACUGCACGUGCUGGUUCCCCCAGAAGCCCCCCAGGUGCUGGGCGGCCCCUCUGUGUCUCUGGUUGCUGGAAUUCCUGCGAACCUGACAUGUCGGAGCCAUGGGAAUGCCCGUCCUACCCCUGAAUUGCUGUGGUUCCGAGAUGGGGUCCGGUUAGAUGGAAUCACCUUCCAUCAGACCCUGCUGAAGGAAGGGACCCCUGAGGCAGUGGAGAGCACCUUAACCCUGACUCCUUCCAGCCAUGAUGAUGGAGCCACCUUGGUCUGCAGGGCCUGGAGCCAGGCCCUGCCCGAGGGGAGGGACACAGCUAUCACACUGAGCCUGCAGUAUCCCCCAAAGGUGACUCUGUCUGCUGAGCCACACACUGUACAGGAGGGAGAGAAGGUCACUUUCCUGUGCCAUGCCACAGCCCAGCCUCCUGUCACAGGCUACAGGUGGGCAAAAGGGGGCUCCCCGGUGCUCGGGGCCCGCGGGCCAAGGUUGGAGGUCGUGGCAGAUGCCUCGUUCCUAACUGAGCCAGUUUCCUGCGAGGUCAGCAACGCCGUGGGUAGCGCCAACCGCACCACUGCGCUGGAUGUGCUGUUUGGGCCGAUUCUACAGGCAAAGCCUGAGCCCGUGUCCGUGGACGUGGGGGAAGACGCUUCCUUCAUCUGUGCCUGGCGCGGGAACCCGCUUCCACGCGUAACCUGGACCCGCCGCGGUGGCGCGCAGAUGCUGGGCUCUGGACCCACGCUGCGCCUUCGGUCGGUGGGGCCCGAGGACGCAGGUGACUAUGUGUGCAGGGCUGAGCCUGGGCUCUCGGGCCUGGGGGGCGGCGCCGCGGAGGCUCGCCUGACGGUCAACGCUCCUCCAGUAGUGACGGCCCUACACUCUGCGCCUGCCUUCCUGAGGGGCCCCGCCCGCCUCCAGUGUCUGGUUUUCGCCUCUCCCCCCCCAGACGCUGUGGUCUGGUCUUGGGAUGAGGGUUUCCUGGAGGCAGGGUCUCGGGGCCGCUUCCUGGUGGAGACAUUCCCUGCCCCGGAGGGCCAUGAGGGACAGGGUCCGGGCCUGAUCUCUGUGCUACACAUUUCGGAGACGCAGGAGUCUGACUUUAGCAGGAGCUUUAACUGCAGUGCCCGGAACCGACUGGGCGAGGGAGGUGCCAGGGCCAGCCUAGGCCGUAGAGACUUGCUACCCACUGUGCGGAUAGUGGCCGGAGUAGCCGCUGCCACCACGACUCUCCUUAUGGUCAUCACUGGGGUGGCCCUCUGCUGCUGGAGCCACGGCAAGGCCUCCGCCUCUUUCCCGGAGCAAAAGAACCUGAUGCGAAUCCCAGGCAGCAGCGACGGCUCCAGUUCGCGAGGACCCGAGGAAGAGGAGACGGGCAGCGGCGAGGACCGGGGCCCCAUUGUGCACACUGACCACAGUGAUCUGGUUCUGGAGGAGGAAGGGGCUCUGCAAACCAAGGACCCAACUAACGGUUACUACAAGGUCCGAGGAGUCAGUGUGAGCCUAAGUCUUGGCGAAGCCCCUGGAAGAGGCCUCUUCCUGCCACCCACCUCCCCCCUUCGGCCCCCAGGGACCCCUACCUUCUAUGACUUCAACCCACACCUGGGCAUAGUUCCCCCCUGCAGACUGUACAGAGCCCAGGCAGGCUACCUCACCACACCCCACCCUCGGGCUUUCACCAGCUACAUCAAACCCACAUCCUUUGGACCCCCAGAUCUGGCCCCCGGGACUCCCCACUUCCCAUAUGCUGCCUUCCCCACACCUAGCCACCCGCGCCUCCAGACUCAUGUGUGACAUCUCUGCAAUGGAAGAGUCCUGGGAUCUCCAACUUGCCAUAACGAAGUGUCCUGAUUUCUGAGGAGCCAGGACAAGUUGGCAAUCUUACUCCUCUAAAACUGAACACUGGGGGGA